UCUCCUCUCUUGUUCCAGUGUCUGCAUUCCCCUUAUUGGAGGAGACUGAAGCCAGCCCAGCAGAGACCGCUCUCUGCCUCUCCACGACGACACGCUACGAGUUCACCAAACGCACGGAUUCACUCCUGCGUGACGUGCACAGCGGGAUGGCCCCGAGAGCGGAGCUGCCCUCGUGCACGUUGCUGGGUCGACCACAAAGCCCGGGUCGGGGGUUAGAGGUCAAAAGGAGGGCACAGAGCAGCAACUACGUCCGCUCCAAAAUCAAGGUGACUACAGGUGAGCUACCAAGUGAGAUUCCAAUACGCCCCCAGCCUUCUGUCCCCGAAAUCACCACCACACCUGUUGCCUUGACGACGUCCGCUACUGCCCCGGUCUCCACAGUAACGAAGUCAGGGACAGGUGCUCAGGCGUCGUUCGUGUGCCAGAUGUGUCAGAAGGUGUUCCAGUACCAGAGGAUGUUGAACCGGCACCUGAAGUGUCACAGUGAUACUAAGAGACACCUGUGUAACCACUGUGGUAAAGGAUUCAACGACACCUUUGACCUGAAGAGACACGUCAGAACACACACAGGAGUGCGUCCCUACAAGUGUUCUCUGUGUGACAAGGCCUUCACCCAGCGCUGCUCUCUGGAGUCUCACAUGAAGAAGAUCCACGGUGUGUCCCUGCAGUACGCCUAUAAAGAGAGACGCAACAAACUCUACGUCUGUGAGUGUGGCCACACCGCCCCUUCCCAGGAUACACUGCUCAAACACUACCACGCCCUCCACCCCAACUCCGCCUUCCUGAGGGCCAAGGGUGGGGAGAAGGGAGGGGGUGAGGAGUCGAUGCCUGGGUCGCCGCUUUCGAACAGUCAAUAUAGUGAUGAUACUACAGGAUCAGGGGGCAGCCAUUUACUUCGGUUUGGUGCCUAA